AUGGCGCCCCCGAAUAUCCUCAUUGUUGGUUGCGGCAUCGCAGGCCCGACACUGGCGUCGUUUCUGCUGCUGGCUGAUAUCCCCGCCGCCCAGAAGCCUCACAUCACCAUCCUGGAGCGCGAGUCCACGCGCAGCGCUCAUUUGCGCGGCCAGAACAUUGACAUCCGCGGUGCGGGUGUGACCAUCAUCCGUAAGCUCGGUCUCGAGGCACAAAUCCGGGCUUCCACCACCGGAGAAGAAGGCGUCCAGCUCGUUGAUGAGCAUAAUCGCGUCUGGUCGCAGAACCGCGUCGAUAAGACCGGCAAGAUCCAGAUGCCAACGAGCGACAUUGAGAUCCUCAGAGGUCGGCUGGCUGAGCUGUGCUGGAAGAACAGCCAGCGGGUCAGCGCUGAAGCUGAGCGCGAAGGCGCCAAGGGCAUCGAGUACAUAUUUGGCGAUUAUCUCGACGAAAUCAAGCAGGAUGCCAACCAGGUGCAUGUGCACUUCGCCAAGAGCGGAGAGACAAGAAGCUUUGACCUCCUGGUCGGAGCCGAUGGUAUGCAGAGCCGGACACGGAAGAUGGUCUGGGGCGAAGAAGGCGAGAAGGACCGAUUGAAGCGGAUAGGAAUGUUUGCUGGCUUCUUCAGCAUCCCACGCGAGGAACAGGACGGCAAGUGGAGACGGUGGUUCCAUGCCCCUGGCCGGCGCGGCGUCAUGUUGCGACCAGACAGCCUCGGCGUCAGGUCCACUAUCUUCAUGUACGUGGUGAAUGAGAAAGACCCCAGAUUUGUCGAGGUCGCGACGAAGGGGAAUGGCGGCGUCGAAGCCCAGAAGGCCCUCCUGGACGAAUACUUCAAGGACGCUGGGUGGGAGUGCGACAGAAUUAUCCGGGAGAUGAAAGCAACCGACGAUUUCUACUACGACGCUGUCUCGCAGGUGAAGAUGGACAGCUGGACGAAAGGAAGGGUGGUGCUCCUGGGUGACGCAGGUUAUUGUGCGUCUCCCAUCUCGGGCCUGGGCACGACCUUGGCCUUCAGCGCAGCAUACAAGCUGGCAGGUUACCUCCAGCCGUACAUCAAAGGAGAAAGCGCGGACCCGUCAGCUGCGCUUGCGCAGUACAAUAAGGAAAUGCGACCUAUUAUCGAGGAUGGGCAGGAGCUAGCCCCCGGCCAGCCGUAUAUUAUAAACCCAGAGACCGCCUGGGGUGUCUGGGUGAUGCGAGUCCUCAUCCGGUCACUAUCAUAUACCAGGAUUAUCUUCAUUGUCGUCAAGUUCUUUGGAAAGAUUCUCCAUUUGGGACCUCAAGCAGCGGAUUACGUCCGAGUUGAGGACUUUGGCUUUAGGGAGAUGUCAGUAUGGAAGGAAGAGGCUAUUGAUAAGCAGAGUUAA